UAGCAGUAGAAGACUGUCCAAGAGUUGAAAUAUGAGUCUGGCAUGUCUUGUGUGUCACAGCGUAGAAAGUCCAUCACAUUCUUUCAGGAGUUACUCCGUUUCAAGUUCUGACAAUGAUGGAAGAUGUUCAGCUAUUGCCAACUGCUUAGCAAGGAAGUCAUCCCUAAUACCCUCAGCGGCGAACUCUUGUAUCGCAUCAUCAUCCAAAGUGAGUCCACAACCAACAAUUCCAAGCAACAAUGGAAUGGUGGGUGCCCCACGUCUUGUCCGAAGCCGUGCUGUGAGAAGGGAUCUUGUGAGAGACUGGAAUUUUGAUGAAGUUGUGAUGGGGCGUUAGUUUUGUUAGUGUGGGCAUAGGAAGAGUACAGGGCUCUUCUUGAGGGAUAGGUUUAGAGCAUGGUCUUGCUUUCUUUUCUAAUGGGUGCAA